AUGAUGAGAGACAUUCGCUUUCGAAGUGUGUUAUCGAUCAUUAUCUUGCGGGCUCUUGUCAAGCAUGUGGUAGCAAACUUCACACUGGGAGCGAGCGGGACGUCUUUCCAGUGCACAGACCGGGGAAAUCUAUGGUGUUUUGGAAACGCAAGUGCGAGUCCCGCAGGUCUGAUGCUCACUCCGAUAGAUAGGGCCAACAUGACUUAUGAAUAUUACUAUGGCACAUCCAGGAUGGCACUUUGUAAAACUCAAAUCCCACUGCAAAAGAGUGAGAGCGAUCCGACCCGAACGUCGAUCUCCUUCAGCACUUCUUUCCGCUUCACCAUCGAACCUUCUAAUCCAAAUUUACGGGGCGACGGGAUGGCAUUUGUGAUGCUCAGUGAGGGUCGUCAAGGCAGUUAUGGAGGUGCUUUCGGUGUCUUCGAUCCACGCGGACAUCAGAUCGCCAGGACACUGGCAAUCGAGUUUGACACGUUUGAAAAUUCGGAGUUCGGGGACGAAAACAUCAAUCAUGUGGGAGUGGACUUACAAGAUGUCAAUUCAACGUUAGCAAGAAGCGCCUGGGAGGUCAGUAUAGAUCUUGCCGGAAAUUAUAGCAUAUACUCGUGGAUAGAUUACAACUCAUCGACUCAAAACCUGGAGGUGAGAAUCAGCAGUGACAACGCUAAGCCGUCUCUACCUUUUAUCUUCUACCCACUAAAUCUGUUCGACGUCUUCCAUCCAGACGAGCUAGUGUACGUCGGGUUUUCAGCAGCCAACGGAAUCUGUGAAUGUUUCAAUUUCUACACAGUCUAUGACUGGACUUUUUCAUAUGUUUCUGACCCUGAAGCCAUAGUUCAAGUAUCGCCUCCCAUUCUUCCAGCUUUGCCUCCGGAACCAGGCGGCGGAGGCAAAGUACAGGUUGCUUUGAUCGCUGGAGUUUCACUGGAGUUUAGCUUCGAACAGCUCUGCAUAGCCACCGAUCAUUUCAAAGAGGAAUCAAAGCUCGGUCAAGGAGCAUCCGGUGCUGUUUACCGCGGCCAAUUGCGCGAUACGGGACAGCUCGUGGCCGUGAAGAGAGUGAAUCCGGACUCAAAUCAGGGUCUCAAGGGGUUUUUGGCCGAGGUGUCGAUUAUCAGCCAGAUCCGCCACCGGAACAUCGUCAAGCUGCUGGGAUGGUACAACGAACGGGGCAACCUCCUGCUGGUGUACGAGCUCAUGCCCAACGGAAGCUUGGACAAGGCUCUUUUCCACCCGGCGAGUCCAGAAUUAGUUCUGCCGUGGAAGCUCAGGUUCAGAAUCAUCUCCGGUUCUGCAGACGCUCUAUAUUACCUGCACGAGGGCUGGCGGCAGCAGGUGAUUCAUCGGGACUUCAAGUCCAGCAAUAUCAUGCUGGAUCAGGACUUCAACGCCAUGUUGGGGGACUUCGGAUUGGCUCGGAUGGCGGAUCAUUCUCGGUAUCCUGCCACCACUCAGAUUGCCGGGACCUUCGGUUACAUAGCCCCUGAGGUAGCAGGCUCGGGGAAAUUCACCGACAAGGCGGAUGUUUACGCCUUCGGGGCCGUGGCUUUGGUUAUCGCUUGUGGAAGACCAGCCUUCCUUUUUAAGGCGCCGGUCGAGCAGAUUUUCCUUGUCGAUUGGGUCUGGGAGAAGCUGGAUCAGGAGAGCCUGUUUGAUGUCGUAGAUCCGAGACUGGGCGAGGAGUUCGAUGCAAAAGAGAUGAAAUUGCUUCUUCUCUUGGGCCUCUUGUGGUCUCACCCGAACGCCGGCAGUCGGCCGACGAUGAGAGAGGUGGUCGAGAUCUUGGGAGGUAGGGUGGCACUGCCUCUGGUUCCUUCGUCGAAACCGCAACCUCAUUACUUGUCAUUUGUUGCUUCGGAUCCACACCAGAGUAUAUGA